CUCCCCCCUCUCCGUCCUCCUCAUUGACCCCCUCGCGCUACCAACACCGACUCGAUAUCACGAGCUUCAUUAGUAGCGCACUCGACUCUCACUCCCUACCCACUCGAUCUCCGUCUUCAUCACCGUCUUUACUCUCCUCCUCCUCGGCACCACCACCACCAGCCGUGCACGGCAGCAAGUCAUCCGCCAAUCUACACCCGGCACCGCGGACCGCCAACGACUCUUCACCGAAGCCGCAAACACGACAGCCGCACACGCAUCGCACCAGCACCGUUCAUCGCGACUCGACAGUCUUUACCACACAACGCCACCUUCAACACACCGUACUCUGCUUUCAAGAUGCGCUCGUACUCUACCCUACUCAGCCUAAUCGUGGCUGCCCUCCUGUCCCUCACUCUCGUCGCCGCUGACCAGCAUGGCCCUCGUCGACUCGACCACCACCACGACCGCCGCCUCCUCAAAGAGGUGGGAGGAUUCGUCCACGAGGCAAGCACUCGCGCCCAGUCUGGCCUCUCAAGUGCCCUCCAGAAGCUCGGCCUCCCUCAAAUUGGCCCUGAGCCCAACACCAUGACGCCUGUUCUCGCUCCUCAGGCCUUCGACCUCCCCACCGUUGUUCAGCGCGGCACCACGGCCUUCCAGCAGAUGAUCCUCAACGUCAACUACCGCAUCGCCGCCCUCGGCCCUCAACCCGUGGCCAAGACAAAGGUCGGCACCUUCCACGGCGUCAAUUCGCCUGCCAUCUUCAACCAGCAGUGGUGGCUCGGCGUGCCCUUCGCUAAGCCUCCCGUUGGCAACCUGCGAUUCAGGAAGGCCCAGACCCUCGACCCCACCACGGCUGACUUCAACGCCACGGCGAUUCGCCCCACCUGCUGGCAGCCCAACGGCUACCUUCUCAGCUUCAACGGUGACGAUGGACAACGUAGCGAGGACUGCCUCUACAUGAAUAUCUAUGCUCCUCAUGGCUCCGAGAACCGCAGGAACAAGCUGCCUGUCCUCCUCUGGUACUUUGGUGGUGGUGAGAUCGGCGGUGCUGCUUCGUCAUACAACUCGACGGCCAUCGAGCUCCUCUCCAUCCUGGCCGGUCAGCCCAUGAUCAUCGUCACACCGCAGUACCGUCUCAACGCCAUGGGCUUCAUGGCUGGCAAGCCCUACGCCGACGCUGCCAAGGCGGGCAAGGUCGACCUCAACCCUGGUCUCACCGACGUCACCAAGGCUCUCGAUUGGGUCUCUGAGCACAUCUCUGCCUUCGGUGGCGACCCGAAGAAGAUCACCAUUGCUGGCCAGUCAUCGGGCGCCUUCAAUGUCGGUGCUCAGCUCCUCAAGGACGGCAAGCCUGGCUCUCCUCCCCCCAAGUACCGUGCCGCCAUCAUGCUCUCCGGUACCAUGGGCAGCGAGCCGGCCUUCAAGCCCGACGGCCCGAUCACUACCAAGACCUUCAACCGCAUCUCCUCUGCUGUCGGCUGUGGCAACGACAUCGAGUGCUUGCGCAAGGCUAGCCCCAUGGCUCUGGCCGAGGCUACCUUCCCCAACCUCCGUGACGGUAAGCGCCCAGACGAUGCCACGCUCCAGGGCCCCGACUACUACCCUGGCGUCUUCUACUACCAGCCCGUUCAAGACGGCGUCUACCACCGUGACGGCGCUGGCGCCCAGGUCCGUCGUGGCGAGUUCCCCGAUGUCCCCAUCCUCACCGGCAACGUCAAGGACGAGGGCACCAUCUUUGUCGACCAGCACACCUCGGCUGCUGACUGGCAGUCCUGGAUCGCCAAGGUCGCCUUUGAGAACCAGAAGACCACGCCUGCAUCCCAGCAGAGCCUCCUCAACAAGAUCUCCGCCGCCUACUCGCCCAAUGUCUUCGACGGCGCUCCCUACUGGCCCGCCCGUUCUUCCAACGAGUCGCGCUUUGGCGCCGGCUCCCAAUUCGAGCGCUCGGCCUCUAUCAGCGGUGAUCAGGGCUGGCACGCCCCUCGUCGUAUCCUGCUCGAGUCGAUCAACAAGUACAAGUCGUCCAAGGCCUUCGUCUACCUCUUUAACCAGACUGACUCGCCUCCCGAUGUCAAUGGCUGGACGGGCAUCCCGCACGGCUUCGACCCGGCCUACUGGUUCGGUGCUUACGCCUUUAGCCCUAACUUUGCCUACCCGCAACAGCCCGCCACGUCUCGCGACACUUCGUUGAGCAUGAUCAACUUUGUCAACAAGAUGGACCCGAACCACCGGGGCAUGAAGUACUGGCCCGCGUACGACCAGCAGACGAAGAAGGUCUUCCGCUUCCAAGGGUUCAACAACCAGAUCAUCACCGAUGACUUUAGGCCAGAGAUGAAGGUCUUCAUGGACCCGGCGGCGCUCAAGCUGACGUGGAAGUAGGCGACGAGCCCUAGCACGUCGUUACGCUUUCGCCCCCGCUCCGGCUCUCCCCAGGAUCACCAGCCUCUGUGCCAUCUCAUGUACCAAUAGCUACACCACGCCCACGUCUCGACUUGAUACAGCCACGCGAUCCCACCUCACCACGAACAGUCACCCCACCCCUUGAAAAAGGCAAGGCCUUCAUAGUGCGUGCCUGACCCCAACUCCCCGCUCCCUUUGCUCCUCGUCUUUCCUUCUUCUUUCUUGAUAGUCACAUACCUUGUUCAUCUCAUUCUCGCUCCUCAAUGUUGACGCUGAGA